UGCAAUAAUAGUCAUCACUUCCGCUCUUUGUUCGCCAAUUCUUCUGUUUCAGUACCUCACGCAAUCAUGGCUCCCGCUAUGUUGACCGCUGUCGAUUCGACCUCCCAUGUCCAUCUAAUCAUCGGCUCGAACUCACUCGCCGGCGCAAGAUGUGCUCGUGCUGUUGAAGUAGGAGCUCAGCCCAUCUUGAUUGCCCCAGAGAACGCAACCUUUCACUACGGUUUGGUAAAACGUAUCGAUGAAGGAGAGGUUAAAUGGUUACAGCGUAGCUUUGAGGAAUCCGAUCUCACAACGCUGGGAAGACCUGAAGUGGAUGGCAUAGUCGAUGCUGUCUUCGUCACAUCGGGUGGCAAGCAGUACACCAGCACACACAUCUCCAAUCUCUGCCGCCGCCUUCGCAUACCUGUCAAUGUCGCAGAUGCCCCCAAUCUUUGCUCUUUCACACUCCUAUCCACUUAUUCCGAUGGUCCUUUACAAAUCGGUGUAACCACAUCAGGGAAAGGCUGCAAACUUUCAGCCAGGAUCCGCCGGGAGAUAGCCGCUUCCCUUCCUGUGCAGCUUGGUGAUGCGGUGGAGAGACUAGGUACCAUGCGUAGGCGGAUAUGGGAAGAGGACCAUGCAGCUGAAUUGGCAGCUGAUUUGGAGGUCGAAGAUGAUGACGCAGGUCAAUCUGCAAACUUCAACAAACUUGUCGCAACAGAAAGCGUGGAGGCAGCGCGUGGUCGCCGAAUGCGUUGGCUUUCACAAAUUUGCGAGUACUGGCCACUUCGCCGUCUCGCAUCCAUAUCAGAUGCCGACGUGGAGCUCCUCCUGCAAGACUACAGCAAAUCCAAUCCAAUCAAAGCUGAUCAAAGCACGGAUCUUUCAAAGCAAGGGCGGAUAAUACUGGUCGGCUCCGGGCCAGGCAACCCCGAUUUGUUGACCCGGGCAGCACAUAAAGCCAUCCUAUCUGCCGACUCGGUUCUUGCCGACAAACUUGUACCCAGCCCGAUACUGGAUCUUAUACCGCGACGCGCGACAGUCCACAUUGCAAGAAAAUUUCCCGGUAAUGCGGAUAAGGCGCAAGAAGAGCUUCUCGAGUUAGGAUUAAAGGGUCUCAGGGCUGGCAAGGUGGUGGUGCGGAUCAAACAAGGCGAUCCCUAUAUAUAUGGUCGGGGCGGGGAGGAGUACGAUUUCUUCCGAUCGCACGGGUACACACCCUCUGUCCUUCCGGGCAUCACCAGUGCUUUAAGUGCUCCAUUAUUUGCAGCUAUCCCAUUGACUCACCGUGGGGUUGCCGAUCAGGUGCUGAUAUGCACUGGCACUGGCCGAAAAGGUGCCCCUCUUGACCCGCCCGAGUUUGUCGAGUCAAGAACGGUAGUGCUUCUCAUGGCUUUGCAUCGUCUAUCUGCACUAGUCGAAUCCUUGAUGCUCAAAAAGUACCCUGCUACUACACCGUGCGCCGUUCUUGAGAGAGCGAGUUGUCCGGACCAGCGGGUUAUCCGAACCACAUUGGAACACGUAUGUGCAGCUGUUGAGGAGGAAGGUAGCCGGCCACCAGGGUUGCUUGUCGUUGGAAACGCAUGCAAGACUUUGAAGGAUUAUAGUCAGAAGUGGGUUGUCGAGGAGGGAUUCUGGGGGCUGCAGGAUGUGCCCAACACAAGCGAUCUGUCGUUUCUAGAUAACCCCUCAUCAUGA